ACCCAACCUGUUCCACCGAGCACAACGCACCGAUGCGUAAAACCAACCCAUGAUGCAACGGCAGAGGAGCAACGGCGGCCAAAUCCGCGAUCAUCUCCAGUCGAGAGUUGACAUCUUAGCGAGCCAGCAGGCUUGGAGAGUCACUUCACCCUAAAUAGGUCGCGGUCGGGAUCCUUGAGCCUCUCCGGUCUGCGUCUACGUGCGUAAAAUGGAGCUGUGUGCGUGCGCUGCGCGGCGCGGCACACUUCUGUCACACACCGACGGACAAACUUGCUUUUAACGAGUGAAAGCUGCAGCGUGCAUGGCGGCUUCUCCCGAAAUGGUGAUGUGAAGUCACAAGCGGGCGAGUCAGUUGCGCGGAGGAAGGAUGCUGAGCGAGGCUGCGGGAGGACAUUCAAAACAAGACCGCCUAACUCCUCUUGGACUGUAACAGUGUGAGCAGGAUCACCAUGGAGAGUCUUAGUGAGCUCCAGAAUCCUCUUCUGGACAAAAGCAGCAAACACCUAGUCCAGGGUUACCGUGGCGACUACCCAAGCCACCACCAGGACGGCCUCGCGGGCUACCUCGACUGCGGGAGCCAUGAUGAGCACAAGUCUCAACAGUUCCUGGACGCCACCUCGCUGCAUCUGGCGGUGGAAGCCUUCUACAAGCCCGACUUCAUUGUGUGCAAGGACGACGUGAGCCUGCACAGCAAAGACUCCAAGAGCGAGAGCUUUGAAACCACCUUCACCGAGGAUAAGGACGCGGCGCCGGGUGACGACUGCACAGAGAAGCAGCUGGGCAGCACGCAAGGGGAGAAGGACGUGAAGAUCCAGACAGUGUCGUAUGAGGUGGAGGAUGAGCAGGCUCCUGAUUAUGAGAGUGACAGCUCCAGUGAGAGCGAGAGCGAGGACAAUUUCCUGGUGCUUCCUCCUCGGGACUACUUGGGCCUGACUAUCUUCUCCAUGCUCUGCUGCUUCUGGCCUUUGGGCAUUGUUGCCUUCUGCUACUCCCACAAGACCGGCAAGGCCGUCGCUAAGGGAGACUUCUCCAGAGCGGGAAUGAGCUCCAGGAGAGCACUUUUCCUCGCUGCUCUUUCCAUUACCAUCGGCACAGGAAUGUACGUGGGGGUGGUGGUGGCCCUCGUCGCCUACCUGUCCAAGCCUGGACAUGUAUAACACUGACAAAUGGGAGGAGGAGGACAGACUUCACCAUGCCCGUGGGCUGCUGGGUGUCGAAUAAUAAGAGUAAGGGAAGAAUGAGAAGUGAUUUCAAAAUUUUGCGGACCCUGAACUGAUUUUGAGUUUUUGAGAUGGAUCCUUCCUAAAAGAAGAAAUCUUUCUCAACUUCAUCUAUAAUUGAUGUAUUCCCUCAUCGAUACAGUUGCAGUGUCAAAAAUUAGCUUUUAUAUUGUCCAGAUUGAGAAAAAAAAGCACUCUAUAUAGGUUGUGUUUGUCUAGACAAAAACUGCUGAGCAGUGGUCAUUUGUGUUUAUUCUGUACUGUACACCAAAUUAAAUAAACAGUUUUGGCAUGAAUAAUGAAACGAGA